GGCGGCUUCAGCAGUCCCAGGAGGGCUUCGCGUAGGACGGCCACCAAAACAAACCCGCUGGACCGGCGGCUUCUCUUCGGCGAGCGUCAUAUGGUAUGCUGUUCUAGCUCAGGGGUUCUGAAACCUUUUCACCGUGCAGUCCACACCUUACUAAAGAGAUCAUCUCCUGCUGGUCCCCCCCAGCCUCCUACUCUCACUCCUAUUGUGUGGCAACUACAGCAUUUGUGUAAGUACUACUGGUAAUUGAUCACUGCUCACCCAGGGACGCCCGAUUCGCAGCAGAGUGGGAGCAGGCAUCAUGAAUAAUCAAAAAGUAGUGGCUACGCUGCUUCAGGAGUGCAAGCAAGCGCUGGAUGUGCUCUCACCCAAGCUGUCUGAUGCAUCGGAGGAAGACAAGAGAGAAUUCCAGCAGUGCAAAGCUUCGCUCCCUGAUGAUCUAAGGACACUUAUUGAAGAGGCAAAGGAAAUGAAGUGGCCCUUCGUGCCAGAGAAGUGGCAAUACAAACAAGCCAUAGGCCCAGAAGACAAAACAAACCUGCAAGAUAUGAUCAGUGCAAGGCUGCAUGAAUUACUGGUUUAUUUGAAAGCCUCCAUCAUGGUCAAGGACUGUGCAACAGCAGCUGCUAUCGUGUUCCUGAUUGACCGAUUCCUAUAUUGGGUGGAUGCCUCCAGCAAACUUCUUCGGAUUGCCAAAGGCCUGCACAAGUUGCAGCCAGCCACACCAAUAGCCCCUCAGGUGGUUAUUCGCCUAGCUCGCAUCUCUGUAAAUUCAGGAAAACUUUUAAAAGCUGAGUAUAUUCUAAGCAGCCUUAUAAAUGACAAUGGAGCAACAGGCGUGUGGCUGUAUGACAAGGAAAGUGAUAGGAUUCUUGUUCAGUCAGUCUGUAUACAGAUCAGAGGACAGAUUCUGCAAAAGCUUGGAAUGUGGUAUGAGGCAGCGGAGCUGAUUUGGGCUUCAAUUGUAGGCUAUUUCAAACUGCCUCAGCCAGAUAAAAAGGGAAUUGCUACAUCACUGGGUAUUUUGGCUGACAUCUUUGUUUCCAUGAGUGAGAAAGAUUAUAAUAGUUUUAAAAACAACUCUCAAGUUGACCUGCGCCUUCUCCAAGAGUUUGACCAUCGCUUCCUGUCAGCUGCUGAAGCCUGCAAGCUGGCAGCUGCCUUCAGCCAGUACACCCCGCUUUUUGUGCUCACAGCAGUGAACAUCCGUGGCACAUGCUUAUUGUCCUAUAGUUACUCCACACAAUGUCCUCCAGAGAAGAGAAAGUUCUAUUUGUCUGAAGCUAAGAAAUCCUUUGAAAUUGGUCUCCUCACCAAGAAAGAAAAUGACCCUGUCACUAGCAGGCAGGAGCUUCAUAGUUUCAUUAAAGCAGCUUUUUGCCUUACAACAGUUAAUCGGCAGCUCUACGGGCAAAGCGAGAGACUCUGUGUGGUGAGACAGCUAUGUAGCGAAGCCAUGGAGAAACUGUACGCUUACAGCACUUCACCUUUUACAGAAGAUCAAGACAAAGAAACACUUGCCAAAGAGAUCAUGUCUUUGAUCAUGUCUGUCAAGGAGCAUUUACAAGUACAAAGCUUCCCUAAUUCAGAUGCCAGAUCUUAUGUUCCUGAUAGCUACAAAGGUGUAGUAGAAAAGCCUAUCUUGCGUGGUGAAGUGAAUUUUGAGAAAAUCCUUGAAAUGCAUUCCCAGCAUCAUAGGUCAGUAAGUGAAGUGUUUGAAAGUACUUGCAGGAGCCAGGAAACCAGGCACAGAGAAGCCAAAAUGGGAGCUUGCAUCACUGUCUUAAAAACUGACACUAAAAAUGUAGACACUAUAUGUAACACUGAAGAAAAAUUAUGCGGUGGCAAGGACAUUGCCAAAAUCUCUGCUUCACAAAACACAAGAAGAAGCCAUGAGAGACUCCAUGGGCAAACAAGAAGGAGAUGGAUUAGUUCUAAUGCAAUGAACGUCUCCCUUGUAGAAGAAAUGGAGAGCAAGCCAUUAGACAAAGUUACCAGUGAUGAAAAUGGCAUUUUCAGCAGUUUGCAAAGCAGGAGUCAAACCACUAGGUCUUUGAAGUCUUGGAGCAAGUUGUCAAAAUCAAGUUCCUCUGCUAGCUGGGAGGAGCUAGAUUGCAACGCCAGCAAUACGCUUCCCAGAGAUUGGCAACAAAGGGGAAAGGGCUCAGUGGAUGAGCAGUGUUGCACAGUCUCAACUGAAUCUACUGAGGGAAAUGUUCAAGGCGGGAGCCUGCACUCGUCCUUCCAAACUCAUCAUCUCUCUCUUCAGGAGUCACCAGGUGGCUGUUCAGAUCCUUCUCAGCAUUCAUUAAAGAAUAAUAUGCUCUUUGCUAAUAGACUAGCAGAUGUGUCCUCAGCUUCCAGAGAAGGGCUCUUGCAGGGGACAGAACCUGAAAGGGAUGCCUCAAAACAGAACGCAGGGGAUGCCAAUAGUAUAGACUUCAGGAACAAUGCUAUUUCUUUCGUGGACUUAAAGGGUUCCCAUUUUUCUGGUCCCAACAGACCUGAGAGGGAGAUGAUUUCCUCUUCCUUGGUAGAAUUAGAAUCCUUUGAAAUGAUUGAGUCCAGAACCGAGGAUAGCAAUAGAGACUUCAGUGUUAUUCACAGCCCUACUCAGCGCAGCAGAGUGGAAGGAAAUGUAAUAGAUGAUGAAGCGUAUAAAAGAAUCACAGAGCCAUUAUCUAGAAAUAGUUAUGUGUGGAUUGACCCGGAAGGAGAUACUGUAGACAGUACAGAUGAUCUGUCAGUUGAGCCUCAUAUACCUAUAGGUAAGGUAGGUACUACUACAUCUAUAAGCAACAAGUCAAAAAUAGCAAGUGAUUCCUUUGUACGUGAUUGGAUUAAUAAAUCUUCUGCUGGAAAUGGGUCUUUUGAAAUGCCUGAAGUUGACACCCAGGCAGAUACAGAAGAUGAAUGGGAGUUUGCUUUCAGCAAUAGAGGGAGCUCAGUAAACAACACUCCUGCCAUGAAUGCUCCAAGGCCUCAACUUAACCACAGGGUUGGGAUCAGAAUUUCACCAUCAGGGAGGAAGAAGCCAGAAGCUGACAAUUUUCAUGACUGUGCUACCACAGAGGAAGAUGAAGCGGAAAAGUACAGGAAUGUUCUGAACAGCAGCCACAGCUCAAGCUCCUCUCUGAAAUCAUGGUACAAAUCAGCGCAGUUUUCCAGCAGUUUCUCUGAACUAGAGAGUCCAUCUUUUCUGAACUCCAGUGGGAGCUCUUUUGUCUUUGUGCCUGGGAGAACCAAAGAACAAAUCCUAAAAGCUCGCUUUCUAGAGGAUGAUGACUAUGAGAAGCUCUUGUCAGGUGUAGAGCAUCACUGGCUAGUGCAGAGACUGGAGUCUACUGGAAUAUUGAAGGCUAGGCAGCUCCAUAAAGCAUACUCUGCUCUUCUUCUGAAAUACUCCAAGAAAUCUGGGCUGUGGACAGGCCAGGAAACAGCUGUGUAUAUUGGAGACUACCUGAGCGUGGCGAAGGAAGGCAAACAAAGGACUGCAUUUUGGAUACACUUUCUGCAUCAAGAAGAAACUUUGGGAAGGUAUGUUGGGAAAGAGUAUAAAGAAGAAAAGGGGCUUCUUAAUCAUUUCAUUGAUGUAGAGCGACAAAUGACUGCCCAGUACUACGUGACAGAAUUCAACAAAAGGCUGUAUGAGCAAAAGAUCCCAACACAGAUCUUUUACAUCCCCUCUGCAGUACUCCUGAUAUUAGAAGGCAAAUCUAUAAAAAGAUGUGUGAGUGUGGAGCCCUAUAUUCUGGGAGAAUUUGUGAAACUAUCUAAUAACACAAAAGUAGUAAAAACAGAGUACAAAGCCACAGAGUAUGGCUUGGCCUUUGGCCAUUUCUCCCAUGAGUUUUCCCAUGGCACAGAUGUGGUUGUCGAUUUGCAAGGUUGGGUGACUGGUAAUGGAAAAGGCCUCAUCUACCUCACAGACCCCCAGAUUCAUUCUCUUAAUGGGAAAGAUGUUUCACACUCCACCAACUUUGGAGAGAAAGGAAUUUAUUAUUUCUUCAAUAAUCAACACGUGGAGUGCAAUGAAAUCUGCCAUCAUCUUUCUUUAACGAGGCCUUCGGUAGCAGAACCUAACUAGCUUUGUGCAAAGACAGCCUGACAGGUGCUGACACGGGACCUGAUCCCUCACACAUUUAUAUACAUUAAUAACUCUGCUUGUUAGAGCAGAGCCAUAGAAGUAAAAUUACUUCUAUUCCUAAGUGUUGGAAGGAUCUGGGUCAUUGUUCCAGGUUGGUAACACCACGUUACUGAAUACAGCUUGUUGUGGAAAUUAACAAAACCACAUAAAAGUAUAUUCAAGGAACAUCAAGGGUAUAACAAACCCACAAGAGCCAGCAAUAUUGUGAGCUCACACUAGAACUUUGUCCUUAUAAUGAUCAGUCUCAUCUAGAAAUCACAGCACCAGAAGGAGAUACGAUGGUACAACCUUUACUCAGGGCUUGACUUCAGUGUGGGUUUUGGCUGAGAAAGGACAGUGGGAUUUGUAACCCCUGCUGCUAUUAGGAGAUACUAUCCUAAGGAAGAGGGUGUAGUCAGGAUCUGGUAUAGUUAUUUCAGGUAUUUGGGUUUACUUGUAUUUAUGAUUUUCAGAGACUUUUUUCAGUGUUGACAUGCUGUGUUACUAAAACAAAAAGUGAUAAAAACUUAGCUUCUUUUUUUCAGACCUGAGUGUGUAAUUUCUUGCUUACAUUGUAAAAUGGCAGUUUUAACUGUGCUAGCCACAGAGCAAACCUUGCAGCCCUUAUACAGGCAAAACUGCUGUUGAAGCCAAAGGAAGCCGUGCCUGAGGACAGAUGGAUGGACUUGCUCACAGCUGUGUUUAAUGUGCCCACAGGACACUUUCCUAUCAGCCUGGCAGUUCUCUCUUAAAAACAAAACAAAACUCCCACUGAUGUCUCUAAUGGAACUCUGGCUGCCACAAAUCUAAAGGCCAGUCUUGCAACCCGUAUUCAUACAAGUAGUCCCGCUGAAGUGAAGGGAGCUAUUUGCCUUUAACAAGUAUACUCAAGUACAGUUAUAAACUAAGGGACUGUCUAUGCAGAGAAUUAGUGUGUAGUAAGCUGGAAUGUACAUCUGCGAUGCACCAGCCGACCGUGCACUAACUGAUUGCGUAGAUCCUGCAGUCGUUGCUGUGAAACUUGUACUGAACUUGUAGCAUGUGGUAGUAGGAUCCACGCAGUCAGUUAGUGAAAGGUAGGCUAGUUGAACUGUAGAUUUACUCCUCAGGUUGCUGCAUACUAACUCUCCAUAGAGACAAGCCAUAAGUAAUGGCAAGUUGGUCUGUAAGAACAUUGUUUUUGCUUUUUUUGGCUGUCGACUGGAUGUGGGUAGGUUUAGGGCAUUCCCUGCUGCCCUACACAUGUGGAGGAACAUUCUGAUCUGACUUACACUAGCUUUAUGUGGUGUAACUGCUCCCGAGAGGCGGUGGUGGAGGAAGGUGGAACCUUGGCUGAGCUGGCACAGGGGGAUGUGAUUUGCUGCUGGUACCAAGGAGGACCCAGGAGAAAUUGUUUGUUUCUCUGAGGGGUGUCUCUGGCUAGGUCUACACUAUGAGCUAGGGAUGUGAUUCCAUGUCCACGCGGAUGUACUCAUGCUAGCUCUCAUCUGAGCUGCCGUGUUAAUCAGAGGGAGUUGGCCGCAAAAGCACAGACAGCAGCAGCACACGCGAGCAGCCCCAAAUACGUACCCACAGGGUUCAGGUGGUUUGUACUUAGGGCAGCUAGCACCGCGGUGCUGCCUAUGCUCUUCAUAGAAUCACAGAGCCAUAGGGAUAGACAGGACCGCAAGGGCCAACUAGUCUAACCCCCUGCCAGGAUGCAGGACUUGGGUCUAAAUCAUCCAAGACUCAUGGCUAUCCAGCCUCUUCUUGAAAACCUCCAGGGAAGGAGCUUCCACAACUUCCCGAAGCAGUUUGUUCCAUUGUCCUAUUGUUGUUGCAGUUAGGAAGUUUUUCCUGAGAUCUUAUCUAAAUCUGCUAUGUUGUAGUUUGAACCCAUUGUCUCUUGCCCUGCCCUUUCUGGCUAGAGAGAACAAUUUUUCUCCAUCUUUUUAUGGCAGCCUUUCAAGUAUUUGAAGACUGCUAUCAUGUCCCCCACCCCUUAAUCUCCACUUUUCCAAACUAAACUUACCCAGUUCCUUCAGCCUUUGCUCAUAUGGCUGGCAUUCCAUCCCUUUGAUCAUCUUCGUUGCUCACCUAUGGAUCCUUCCCAGUUUCUCUACAUCCUUUCUAUACAGUGGUGACCAAAAUUGGACACAGGACUCUAGAUGAGGCCUAACCAGCACUGAGUAGAGCAGUACUAUCACCUCAUACAAUGCCUCUGUUAAUGCAGCCCAAAAUUGCAUUUGCUUUUUUGGCAACAGCAUUUCAUUGUUGACUCAUGUUGAGGUUGUGAUCCAUCACGACUUCCAGAUCCUUCUCAGCAGUGCCGCUGUCAAGCUAGUUAUCCCCCAUUCUGUAUUUGUGCAUUUGUUUUUUCUUCCCUAAGUGUAGCACCUUACCUUUUGUCUUUGUUGAAUUUUGUUGAAAUGUUGAAUUUAUCUUUGUUGGAAGCGUUGUGGCUACACUACUGUUCUUAGUGUCCUAACUCAGAUGAGAGCUAGCACUCCUAUGGAUAUGUGAGCUGGGAAUCACGCCCCCUAGCGCAUAGCGUCAACAUAGCCACAGAAUAACAAUGUCUCCUGGGGACUGCAGCUUACACAAUUUUCAGGGCAGUGCCUAAAGUCACAUUCUAUACCCAUGUGCUCAUCUAGCAUGAACUUAUUCUCUGACACUUUGCACUCUUUUGUCACUGAUGGUGUAAGAGCCUGUCAUCUGUAGCUCAUGUCAUCUGGAAGUGCCUUCCUGUACAUCACAAGCCCACGAAAGCGUAUGCUCAAAUAAAUUUGUUAGUCUCUAA